UACAAAGACCAGUUUCCUUAUUCAGAAGUGUGAAACAUGAAGCCUCUCCUGAACUCUCUCUUACUUUUGUGUCUAUGCACCCGUUCAACUCAGGGUGUUUCAUCGGGCACACCUGUUGUGACACAGAGCCCAGAUGUUUCUGUCAGGGAGGGGGAGACUCUGAACAUCACCUGCUGCUGGACAGGGGAGUUUGAAAGAGGGACAGUUAACUGGCUGAAAAAUAAAACACUUUUAGAUAAUAAGCUUAUUUCUAAUAAGGAUAAUGUCCAAGGAUCUCUGAAAAAAAGAUCCGUCUGCUUCAACUUGACCUUUCUGAAUAUCACCAGAAAAGAUUCAGGAAGCUACACCUGCAAUUUGGCAGUGGAGUUACCAGCUGUCUUUGUGGCUGAAGGAAACAGUACUGUGAUCACAGUUACAGACAGAGAGGACACAUUUGAGGAUGCAGCAAAAGAGGACAAGCCUGAAGGUCUUACCAAUGUUUCAGGUAUGUUGGUCUGGGUCCAUGUCCUGAGGUGUCUGCCUCUCCUGGCUCUCAUCGUCACCUUCUUCUGCAUCAACAGGUGGGCGACCAAAGCUCAGCAACCCACAUCAGAUCCUGGAAAAACACGCUCCACAGCCCAAAGAGUAGAAGAAGAAGAGGGAAGAGAAGAGGAAGAAAUACGAGCAGAAUAUGACGAUGUAGAAUAAAUAACAGAAGUAAAAUUAAAAUUGAUUUAAACAAAGCUAUGAAAGACAAAAUAAUUAAAUAGUUUUAAUCACAUUAUUUCUAAAGAACCUGCAAAUUGCUAAAAAAAAACCAAAAAAAAACAAUUUGAUGCUGAUGUCUCCUCAGACGAUGUUUGAUGUUUUUCAAUGUAUGAUGCACAAAUAUAUUGUUGGUGAUGUA